AUGAAAUAGUUAAUUAUAUUUAAAAACGAGAAUAAAUGUUUUUUUUAAAAAAAACAAAUAUAUUUAAAAAAGGAAACAAAAGAUAUAUCUGCCUGUAUAUUAUUUAUGCUUUUCUUGCUUGUAAUAAACGAAUUAAUUUAGCAUAAAUUAAAUUAUAUGAAAAACAAAAUAACUUUUUUUUAGUUUUUAUAGCCUUAAACUUUAACUACAUUAUUAGGAAUAUUUUCUGGACUUUUGUUAAAUUAAAUUAACAUAUUUGAUAUCAUAACCAUUAUUAAAUAAGGAUUCUCAUAAUUUUUUCUUAUAAUUUUAUUGCCACCUAUGAUAUACGAAUAAGCAAUAAAUAUAGAAAAGUCACAUUUUUUCAAAAAUAUUGGAAGUAUCUUCACUUAUGCAAUACUAGGAACUAUUAUAUCCACUAUGACAGUAUUUAUAUUUAUGUAAUUAACUACUUUCCUAGGCUUAUCAAGCUUUAGUAUGUCAGAAAAUUUAGCCUUUGGAUCAUUAAUAAGUGCAACUAAUCCUUCAUAAAUAUUAUAUGUUUUAAGAAUUUCUAAUAUAGAUAAGGAUUUAAUAUCGAUAAUAUAUGGAGAGUCUAUAUUAAAUGAUGCCGUUUCUAUAAUAUUAUAUAAUACAACAUUAGAAAUGAGUAAUUUUACAGGAAAAGGAAUUCUUUAUAAAAGUGUUUAUAAUUUUCUUAGAGUUUUUUUCGGAUCUAUUUUUGUUGGUUGUAUAAUUGGGAUUUUUAGUGCUUUUGUAAAAUAUAUAAUUUACAUAUUUUUAAAAUUAUAAAUAUUUAUAUUUUUAAAAAUGACAAUUUUAUUAAUUGUUCCUUGGUUCAGUUAUUUGGUUGCUCAAGGACUUAAAAUGUCUGGAAUUGUGAGCAUUUUAUUUUGUGGAAUUACAAUGGCAAAAUAUACACUUCCUAAUGUUUCUUAAGCAGGAUAAAAAAUAAAUUAAUAAAUUUAUAGUAAUUUGUCAUAUCAUUUUUCUAAUAUUGUUUUUAUAUUUAUUGGCAUUGGAUUUGUUUGCUUUGAUUUGGCUUGGAAAUAAACAGGAAUAUUUUUAAUUGCUUUUGUUUUGUUAAUAACUAAUUUAGCUAGAUUUUUCGAUGUUUAAAUUGUUUCUUAAAUGCUUGAUAAACAUAGAAAAAAUAAAAUUGAUAAAGCUUUUAAACUUAUUUUAUGGUUUUCAGGAUUUAAAGGAUCAACUUCUUAUGCUUUAUCAAUGAAAUCUAAUGAAAAUUUCCUUGAAAAUAAUAAUGGAAGAAUUAUGUUGACAAUUACUUUAUUUUAUUGCAUCUUAAAUGUAUUUUUUUUAUUUUUUAUUUUUUUAUUUAAUAAUUUAUAGAUUUUUAUUCAUGCUUCAUUUUUGAUAACUAUUAUAGAAAAAUAAAAAACAUAGUUUUUUUUUUUAUAAAAAAAAAAAAAUAUUUUAUUUUAUUUUUAAUAUCUAAAAAGUAUUUCCUAAAAAAAUAAUAAAGAUGAAGACUUUUAACUAAAUAAUUAUAAUUAAUAAAGAAAAGGUAUUUUCAAUAGAUUAAAGAUCGUUUUUACAUUGUUUGAUAAAAAUUUUUUGCAAAAAAUAUUAUAUGAGUAUUUUUAUUAAUUAAUAUUAUAAUUGUAUGAAAUAAUUAUAUAAUAUUUUUAUUUUUUAAAGAUAGGAUGAUUAUAUUAAGCAAACUAAGAUGUAAAUAGAAUAAAAAGAUAAACCGAGUAAUAUUGAAAUAAAAUCUUAUAAUAAUACUGAAAAGCUAAUAUAAUAACCCAAAAAUAAUGAUAUAUAUGAUAAUAUGGAUUAAUCAGAAAUAAAAUCAGAUAUUAAUAAAUAGCCUUCAUAAAUUAAUUUAGAAAAUAUUCCUUAAAAUAUAGAAAAUAUUAAUAUAAAA